UAAACAUGAAUGAGCGUCCAAGAUACAAAGGGAAAAUAAUGACAGAAAAGCAGUAUAAAAGGCGUAUGAAACAAAUAGAAAGUGGAUUAAUGAGAAAAAAGGAAAAAGUGCAAACCAAGAAUCAAUGUGAUGACGACCAACAAGCUGAGUGCAUGAUAGAAGGACGCCGCAUUAUAGAUUUGAAGGUUAUGGCGCAACAUCUUUACUGUUCAUUUUGUACGGAGAUUCUUUCUCUUGAAGACAUAGAGAAAGAAGCAAAGAAAGGAUUGGCUUCAGAUUUUACGGUUAGAUGCAGAAAAUGUCUUGCAACAAGUAUUGUUCCUACAAGCAAAGUGCAUCUAGGACCUAAUGGACAGCUUUUAUACGAUAAUAAUACGAAAGCUGCUCUUAGUGCAAUACACAAUGGAAAUGGACAUACAACUCUAAAAAAAUUCUGUGGCUCGAUGAAUAUGCCAUGCAUGACUGCAAAAACUUAUAAAUCUUACGAAAGAGAAAUUGGACCUGUCAUUGAGAGCGUAGCCAAGGAAAGUUGUCUAGAAGCUUGUAAAGAAGAAAAACGUUUAACGAAGAGUCAAUUAGACAUUCUACAAAAGCGUUUGUAAGUUUAUUUGGAUCAAUGAGAAUUUAAAAUCAUAAGAAUGAAUUCUAAUCUUUGAUUUUUACACGCUGAAAUUGUACAUUUUUUUAAAUUUUGAUUAAUUAUUAACGAACAAUGAUGAGUCAAUUAGACAUACUACAAAAGCGUUCGAAAGUUUAUUUGGAUCAGUGAGAAUAUAAAAUCAUAAGAAUGGAUUCUAAUCCUUAAUUUUUACACGAUGAAAUUGUACAUUUCUUAACUUUGAUUAAUUAUUUAUUUUUGGUAAGGAGAUUGAUUUUUUUUGUAGUCCCAGUUGUGAAAUUACGUAACUUUCAAGCUGUUUAUCAAAAUCUUAUUUACUAAUUUUGUGUAUAUUACAUAUUUAAACUUUUAUUUUCUAAUUCAUUAUUUAUAAAGAAAAUAUUGAAAGUAUGAAUUGGCUUCAAUGAAAUUUAUUUUAGUUUGGUUAUUUUAGAAAUUCAGUUAUACUAACAGUUUUUGCUCAAUUUUAUGGAAAUAGAACCUUAAUUAAUAAUGAGAUAUUUCUAAUAAAUAAAACAGAUGUUGAA